AUGAUUCCAAGUCCCUUCUUACGUGGGAUGAGAUACGUGCGAUUACACCCUGAAACUUAUUUACGUCUGUCUAAUCAAAUUUGUAGCCGAUUGGUACCAAGAAGAGACAAUGAGUAUAUCUUGUCUAGUUAUAGAGUUGUAUCUAGGUCCUACAAGCGAUCAUUGGAAAGUAUCUGGUGCAUCCAUAAUGAAACAGCGAAUAUUUAUUCGCACAUCAUAGGUUCUGUAAUCUUCUUCGCUCUCCCUGUACCCGUUUACUACUAUCUGGAACCACGAUAUGCGAAUGCAAGCACAGCAGACAUGGUGGUUUUCUCAACAUUCUUCUUCGGUGUCGCUAUAUGCUUUGCUCUGUCGGCCGCCUUCCAUAUCUUCAACAACCACAGCGAAAGUGUCCAUAUUUUUGGAAACCAGCUGGAUUACCUCGGUAUUGUCAUCCUCAUGUGGGGCUCUACCAUUCCUUGCGUGUAUUACGGCUUCUAUUGUACGCCCAAUCUACAGCAAACAUACUACACUCUAGUGUCAGUCUUGGCAUUAGGCUGCGUAUACGCAACACUGCAUCCUGCUUUCCGCCGCCCAAGAUACCGUCCGUACCGUGCAGCCAUGUAUGCUGGUCUCGGCCUCUCCUUUGUCAUUCCCAUUAUUCACGGAAUCAAAAGAUUUGGUUGGGAAACGCAGAUGUGGAGAAUGAGCCUUGACUGGAUGGCAUUGAUGACAACCUUCAACCUCACUGGAGGUGCAUUGUAUGCUAUGCGAAUUCCCGAAAAAUGGUACCCGUAUCGAUUCGACGUGUGGGGUGCAAGUCAUCAGGUCAUGCAUUGCUUGGUUGUAUGUGCUGGUAUCGCACAUUUGUUUGGGUUGCUGCGAGCUUUUGAUCAUGUUCAUGGACACGGAAACAUUUGCGCUCCUUGA